AUGGGAAUUCCACGUUUUUUGAAAUGGAUUAUUUCAAACUGUCCGGAUGUAUUUGAAACUAUUGAUAAAAAUAAAUUAUAUUCGUAUGAAGGAAAACAGAUUGAAUUUUUAUAUUUAGAUAUUAAUUCAUUGUUUUAUGCUGCUUUAACUGAUGAUGAUAAUCCGGAAAAAAUGUUAACAACAUUAUUUGAAGAAUUAGAUGGUAUCAUCAAAGAAACAUUCAAUCCAAAAUCCCUAAUAUAUAUUGCAAUGGAUGGUGUUGCUCCAAGAGCUAAAAUGAAUACACAAAGACUCAGAAGAUAUAAUAAUAAAACUACUACUAGUGUCAAAGCUUCAUUUACUUCUUCUACUGCUGCUACUAGAUUUUUUCAUGUCCCAAAAAACUCUGUUGCAAUUUCUCCCGGGACUGAAUUUAUGGUCGUCGCAAAUAAAGCCAUUAGAUAUUAUAUAUAUCAACUUUUAAACCAAGAAGAUUAUAAUUCACUUCAAAUAAUUUUCAAUGACUCUCAAGUACCAGGUGAAGGCGAGUAUAAAAUUUUUCAAUAUUUGGAUUCACAAACACAUCGUAUACACCAUCACCAAACACCACAUGUUGUUUAUGGAAAUGAUUCUGAUUUUAUUUUAUAUGCACUUUUAAGAAAUCAAUCAGACCUGCAAAUAAUAUUAAAAUCUCAAGAUGAUAAUAAUAAAGUAAACAUUGAUAAGUUACGAAAUCAUAUCAUCGUUGGUAUGGUUGGUACUAUGAAUGCGAUUAAACAUAGAGGAAAUAAUAAUCUAAUUAAUGACUUUGUGUGUAUUUUAAAUUUUAUUGGAAAUGAUUAUAUACCACCUUUAAUAACGUCAACUCCAUCGUUGUCACCUAUUAAAAUUUUAUUACAAGCUUACAAUAAUUAUUUCAGAAUCAAUAAAGGAUCUAUCGGAUACAUCACUACUGCUGCCAUUAAUAAUAACAAUAGUAGUAUAAAUUUAGAACGACUCUACAAAUUUCUAGAAUGUUUAGAAGUAGUAGUGUUUCAAAAUAAUAGGAAUAGUACAAUAUUAUCAUCACAAUCAAAUGUUGUAGAAAAAGUAAAUGAUUAUAUCAACAUGUUAAAAUGGAAUUUUCAAUAUUUUCAAGGAAAUUGUCAAAGUUGGAGAUGUUUUUAUUCUCAUCGUAAGGCACCUACUAUCCAAUGUAACGAGCUUUUACCUAGCCCUUUGCGUGGUCUACUACAAGCAGAUGAUUCACCACUCAAAAAAUACUUUCCAAAAAAAAAUGGAUCAAAGUUUAACGCACUACCGUUUAUAGAUGAAGGUAUUCUAACAAAAUCUAUUAACCAAAAACGCCAUUUAAUUGGUGGUGAUGAUUGGGAAAGAGGAAAUUGUUUGAAUAAAAAUGCCCAAAUUUUCUCGGGUUGUAAAUCAGAAACUAUUAUAGCGCAUCAACUUUCUGGAUCUGUUCCUAAUAAAAUAGAAGCACUUUUAGAAGAUGGUAAAUUUGAUGAAAUAUCUAAUAAUUCAGUAGCAUUCACUGAUUAUAUUAAAAAAUAA